AUGUUUAUGGAUUUCAUUAAAGAAGCCAUUUGUGAUAAUAACGAUGAAGUGUAUAAAUACCUUCUCGGGUGGAUUGCAUCAAUGAUUCAACAUCCUGGAAUCAAGAAUGAAACAGCAAUUAUUUUGAAAGGACUUCAGGGAACAGGUAAAAACAGAUUCACAGACAUUAUUUCUGAACUUCUCGCUGGUUCUUCAAUCAAAAACAUUACUGAAAUAGGUGAGCUAACGGGUAAUUUCAACUCAGUAGUUGAGAAUAAAAUGUUUCUUGUACUUAAUGAACUCAAGAAUGUAGGUGAAGAUAGACUCGCAAACUUCAACGCUUUGAAAUCAAUUAUAACGGAUAAUGAGAUUAGAAUUAAUGAAAAGAAUCAACCUAGAAGAACAGCACAGAAUGUUGCCAAUUUUAUUUUCGUAACUAAUAACGUCUACCCUGUCAAAAUUGAAGUUGGAGACAGAAGAUACGUAGUUUUAAGGGUUAAUGGUAAAUUUAAGGGUCAAUUUGAUUACUUCAAGAAUUUAAUGGAUUCAUGCACAAAGGAAUUUUAUGAUAAUUUACUGACGUAUUUUAUGCAAUAUGACCUUUCAUCAUUUAAUGUACGAAUCAUUCCGAUGACUGAAGCCAAACAAGAUUUAAUAGAAUUAUCAUCAAAUCCUUUAGAUGUAUGGAUAAAUACACAUUAUGAUGAAUUGUGUGCAGGUAUGACGUGUAAAAAUGCUCUAUUCUGCAAACCAUCAGACAUGAAAGACAAAAACUUUCAAAUGAGCAUUAAAGAUAAAUGUGAUAAGAAACAGAGAAGAAUAGAUGGUAAACAAACAUGGUGUUAUGUUUUGAAAGAAGAAAUGA